GAUACCCAUGACAUUGCCUAUGUAGAACUCUGGUAUUUUUCCCCAGAAGGCUGCAAGGAAGCCCUUCGCACAGCUCAGUCUGUUGCAGACGACUUCGGCCUCACUAGGGUCGACGACCAACUGACAAUACGCCCGGCAUACGCCUUCAAAGCUUCAAAAUCAGCCAUUGCGGACCACGACCUCCCUUUCCCGACUUUUCUACGUGCAAAGAACCUUUUCUUAAUGCAACUUAGCAAAGCGAAGUGGCCACAAAGCCACAUCGACGCCCUAUCUCUUUUCUUCUGGCACCUCGAGAACCACCCCAUUCGCAACAACAGCGAUAUCGGCGACAUGGUUACUCUCCAUUAUGCCUCGCGUGUCCGCCAGGACUGGCAUGACCGUCUCAAACACGACGAAGGCUUCAACAUCGCCAUCAUCAAUGAGACCCUUCUCCAUGCAAUCAACGAGGAACUCUGGGAUAAAAUCUGUUCCAGAACAUUAUCUGCGGUACAUUUCCAUUUAAACUUACUCACAAUGUACCGCUCAAAAAGUUCAUCAUCUUAUAUAUACUGCAAACUCCUCUUGCAAACACCAAUGAACCCUUCCCGCACCC